GGCCAUACGACAUAUGUUUCCGGCCACCAUGAAACACACGUAUCCAGCGAAAAUGAACUGUAAACCUGCUGAUGUCUAUCGUGGAUUACCGCUCUAAUCAUUGUCUAAUAUUCGAAUACAGGGACGCAAAAAGUCAACUUUCCCAGUGGACGCGUGUAUCAUAUUUACACGACCCCUAAUCUGUUGUCUCGUACCACGCAGGAACAGUACUCGACACUCAUGGCUUCCUCACGCGGAAUGAAGCCUUUCGUAACCAAAUUUCACGGCAAAACUAAGCUCACAUCGACUGAAUUUAUGGCCAUUUUCAGGAAAUACGACAAAGAUGGUGAGUUGUUCUUUGUUUGGCUUCAAACUUUGCAUAUAUCAAGCGUUAAUCAAGCAGCUGCAGGCGAAUAAGUCGAAUAACGUCGAAUAAGAGGAAAUUAUUCAUUUAUACUGCAGAUCUUCUCACGCAGUCAGGAAACGUUUUUAUUUCUGCAUGAAUUAAUUUCUUCUUAGUGCUGUAGAAUAAUUCUUUCGUUGAAUUUUACAAGGAUCAAAACGACGAACAGAAUUUACAAUUCCAGUUUACAAUGUCUCCUACUGCUAAUGAUGUGAGCGAAUGAUUUUAAACCUCACUUUUUUUCCUCAAGAGAGUGCCGGAUCGGAAGGCCCCCAGUGAAGCCUGAAAAAAAAACUGAAAACACGAAAAAAAUAGAAUUGAACACUUGGAGGACCUACAUUUUAAACCUCAAAGUUUUGUUUCAUUAUGAUUUUAAAAGCCGUUUGCUCUUAGAGUAUACACAUUUUGAUAAUUCAGGAACGUGUGACGAAGCACUUCAAUAAUAAUGUAAAAAAGGGAGUACUGCCGCGGCAGCUGCGCGCUAAAUAGGUUUUUAUACAUUUAUUAUUUUUUUGAUGUAUUUUAGUCUUUAAUUUAAUUAGUAACUAGAAUAUGAAAUAGCGCUGACAAUAUUUACUCUUUUCAAGGUAAUGGUUACUUAGAAGCGAGGGAACUUGAUCCUUUUCUGCUGGAACUGUUCAAGGCCAAAUACCGUGUAAGUUUUUAUACGCAAAUAAGCAGGUCGUUUUGUUGUUGUUGUUUUUUGCAUCCUGAUUUAAGUAGAUCGCUAAAGCAUUAGCAAUGGAAGACCUGAAUGCAAAAUAGUUCUCAGGGGAGUUUUAUGGGUUAUUGUAAGCUUAUAUGACAUUAUCACGCAAAAUAUAUAAAAUAUCAGCAAGUCCACAGCAACAAACCAACGAGUAGUGCCGGAUCUCCCCGUUGUAGACCUGGAUCAGUACAAUUAAACUUGUAGAAAAAUAUGAAACGGCAAACUGAUCCUUAAGGCAAGGCGACGAAGAAGUAAACAAAAAAAUAUAUUUAAACAAAUUGCCCAAUAUUUCGUUUUGAAAACAAACCUUCUUCAGGGCUAAAAAAAUGGAAAUAAAACUAAAAGUUCGUAGCAAAAAAGAAUUUGAAAAUGUGAAAAAAAUGUCUGAAGAAUAACUCAAGGGCGGGAGCCUGAUAAACAUCAUGACCUUCGUAAUAUUUGUCCUUGUCGUGUUGGCUUUCAUCCCAUGGCUAAUGUAUUAUUCCAGGAGCCGAAUCCUGGUUAUUCAUAGCCAGUUUAAUAGCGACUGUUGAUCAAAUUUGGAACGUGUUUUGUUGUGAAAAUUAAAAGGAGCCCCAGGCCGUGCAGGCAACAAAGAUGUCAAGCAAAGAAGCGGCGCGGUGCCUCAGCUAUUUUGUUGGAGAGGAAAUUGCGGACGAUUUCGCGUAACCAGCAAUAAUACACAAUGAAAUACCACUCAACGGCCUGACUCAACGGAUGACAACUGCUAUUUGUCAUAUAGCUGGAAAUUUCUUCCCAACAGCGCGCGCUGUCAUUGGUUCAUGGUUAUUUUGAGAUGGUCACAUGACAUCUAACGAUGAAAGCGUUUCCCGCCAAAAUCUCUGAACGGGCAACAUUGCAUAAAAUCUAUGUCCUCAUAGGGUAACAGUGCACUGUUACCAGCAAAUGUUGACCGACGACCGCUGUUACAGCGAGUUUUAAUGAAUCUCCAGCUUCAAAAUUUCCAGCUAAAUAACAAGUCACUCGAAUCUCAAUGUUACCCUCGGAUUCAACAAGGGAAACAUUGAGAUUCUCAGGGAACAAAAUUAACUGUUUCCCUCGGGACCAGUCAUGAAAUGUUUAAUGAAUUACCUGCAAGAUCUGCUGGAUGUCUGACUCAAGUCUUCAUAUCGUACUCACUGACGCAACCUCGUCCAAAAAUCGUUCACGGACUACUUAGGGCUAAAUAUUAAUCUGAGGAUGGAACAAUGCCACUGUAUUGUGUAAUUGUUAUUUUUAUUCAUUUUUUUUUUCACUUCCUGAGAUUAGACCCAAAAUUGCCAGGAUUAUCACCACGCACGGAUCGCUUAGGGCGUUGGAAUAUCGAACCCAUAUUUGGAUUUUUGAUGAAAUAGUCAGAGUAGCAGAAAUAAAAUAAAAUAAAAGCGCGAUCGUUGUGUUGUUUUCUAUAUUUCCAUUCUUUUUUCUUUGUUGAUGAGAUUGUCGGUCUUCCCAGAGCAAAACCAAGUAAAUCACCGGCCGAGGAAAAACCCGCCAAAACGUCAAAACAUUUUUUUUUUCUCGCGCAGAAUUUCAGCGGCCUCCAUAAAUACAGGUUAGUUAGUUCUCCGAGUCGGUUGGGACCCUUCCCGCUAUUUAAACGGGUCUUUAAUAGUGGUGCGGACUUGAGUGGCCGAAUAAACUUAUUGUUUUACGAUUGACACUCUACUUAUCAAUUCUCUUUACUUUGAUAGGGUGUGGCGCGUGACAAGGUCAAGGAGAUAAGAGAACUUAUUUUAGAAAGAUACGACAAAAACUUUGACGGCCGUCUUGAAAUUAAUGAGGUAUGUGAAUGCAGUUUUUUUAAGUAGAAUUUCAAUACAGAAAAGUAAAGAGAUAAGAGUAAAAAGAGAAACAACAACCAGGAGACGAAGGUAGGUACAUCUGUGAAAUUUGUACAGACUUCGUCAGCAGCACAUCCACAUAGUGUUUCUUCAUCUACCAUUCUUGGUCGAAUUGUAGUAUGAGCCAACAACAAACUCAAUCCACAUAUGAUGUCAACACUGGAAUUUGAACCCGGGCCACGUUGGUGGGAGGCUAUUGCUCUCAUCAUUACGCUUUCCCUUGCUCCCCAGUCUCCUUCUCUGCUCGCAGUAGCUCGGAUCGAAGUCACGCAACGGCCCCCGUCCCCAUUGCUCAUCGACUCCUGCUCUAGUGGCUACGAAUAAGGCUAAUCAGUCGAGAAUGCAUAGCCUGUUCCAGGCUCCGAGAUAGUCAGGGAUUGAGAAAGCGGGAACACGUGCCUUUUCCUACCAUCUGAGAGCCUGGAACAGAGUAAGAAAGCAGACGGCAGAAAUCAUUACCCAAUUUCAGACGAAAACGCGCUGUUUUAACCCUUUGUGUGUCCAGACUAAAAGAGGCCAAAACCAAAAUCGCUGGUGCCAGAAAUACUUAAUAGUUUAUACGCUAAUAUACACCAUCCUCCAUCACCAUCUCCACUCCCCCACCUUCCUCCCCCCUCCCUCCCUAUACCAAUAACUCCUAGACCGUGUUACGUACAGGACAAUUCCAAGGCUUCUAUUUCAUUUGACGCACGUAAUGUACCUUACCUUUUGUAUUUCUAAAUCGUAUCAUUUAUUUAUUUCAGGAGCUGUAUAUUUCAUGAAGGAGUUUUAAAGUUAUCCUUUCGAUCAUUGUUUGUAUAGGUAGCGCAGAUCCUACCAACCGAGGAAAAUUUCCUUCUUCAGUUCCAAAGAAACGCUAAGCUCACCAGCGUCGAUUUUAUGAAGGUACGUGAACGUUAAUAAGUAAAUACCGGUAAAUGUUUUCAAACCAAUCCAAGUUGAACUUCAUAACAAGGCUGAUUCCUUCCGCCAUCCACGUGGAGGAACCUUUGAACAAACUGAAUUUCGAUUUCCCAACAAACAUUGCUGCAACUUUCACUAGGAGGUACUAUGUAAGAAGAGAUCUUAACAGAGGGAUUAUGAAAUACUUAGUACAAUGCCUUCCAGGGAAUCACAAGGAAUAGUCUAAACCUUUAGCCCCAUUUAAACCAAAGCUCAAUACGGUUAAAAAUCGUUUCCUUCCUAAAUGCAGCUAACUGACUUAAAGGAACAGUAUCCCGUUACUGCGCAUGCACCAAACUUUGAUUUUUGGACAGGAUGUCGCGAAAUCAAAAGAUGCGAGGAGAGUAAGAGAAUCUUGAAAAAUCUAGCCUGCGUAGCAGGCGUCGAAAGGGGUAUGGGGUAGGGGAUAGGGAGGAAGGGAAAAAGGGGAGAGGGAUUGGGGAGAGGGGGAGGGGACGCCUGCUCUAAGAACCCCCUUUUGUUCAUAUCUGCGGACGCUGGCGUCCGCAAAUUCCUGAUUGGCUGAGCCGUAAUGAGUAACAUAUUGAAAUGCGCGUUUCACAAAUCAACAAACAGUCGAGAUGGCAGCGGUAGACGUGGAUGUCGUAGAGAGUGCUUUGAGAGAUCUGAAUUUAUCUAGUGGUAGAGAAACUGUUUUAAAACCAGAGCAAGAAUCAGCAGUAAGGGCUCUUUUAGCCGACAGAGAUGUUCUGGCGGUUUUGCGGACCGGAUACAGCAAGAGUUUAAUUUACCAAAUGUUUGUAUGCGCGAAGAACUACGAGCUAAAUGGUAGUGCGGCGAUUCUCGUCAUUUCGCCACUGAAGAGUAUUAUCGAAGACCAGUUGCAGGAGAUGGAAUUGUUGGGCUACCUAGGGAAAGAUUUAGCCAAUUUAUCGAACGAUGACAUUCGCCGAUGUAACUUAGGAAUAAAAGAGGGUGGUUUUACCUCAUGCCAAAGUGCUGCUUAUUCCAAUAAAGUUGUUUUUAUCUGCUGGGUAGAUUAUGUUCUGGAAGGUUCUGCAUUUAUACUGAGAAAAUGUUAUUUUAGCCGCAUGUUUCACACUGAGAGGUCAUGACAUACAUAUCGAUUGACUGUAGUUAUUGUUUUCUGGUCGGCGGGAUUUGCCCUCUGAUGCAAGCGCAAUUUCUUUGACCUCUUUUGAAGCGUAAAGCUUUUUUUAUUACGGCUGAAUAAGGGUUCCAGUUUUCUCCAAAGUGCCUUCUGGAUCUGAAUAACUAAGCGAAUUUCUUUAGUCCGUGAGUGUAAUGUUUUCUGCAAUGGCGAGUGUAGCGACACUUGAUUGACAGUAAGCGUAUGGGGCGCCGUUUGUAAAAAAAAUGAUUUAGCUUAAUUUUGUCAUUUUUUUCGUUAUUUAUUAAAUAAAGUUUUCUGAUAUGAUAUCAUACGUCAAUGAUUUGAUAUAAUAAAUGUUGAUUUCAAAUCAUGCGUUUAUGAUUUGAUAUAAUAAAUUAUCAUUUAAAAUCAUGCGUUUAUGAUUUGAUAUAAUAAAUUCUGAUUUCAAAUCAUGCCUUUAUGAUUUGAUAUAAUAAAUAUUGAUUUCAAAUCAUAAGUUUAUGAUUUGAUAUAAUAAAUCCUGAUUUCAAAUCAUUCGUUUAUGAUUUGAUAUAAUAAAUCCUGAUUUCAAAUCAUAAGGUUAUGAUUUCAUAUAAUAAGUUCUGAUUUUAAAUCAUAAGUUUAUGAUUUGAUAUAAUAAAUCCUGAUUUCAAAUCAUAAGUAUAUGAUUUCAUAUAAUAAAAAUCAUUAUUUGAUAUCAGUAAAACCAUGAUUUAAUUUAAUAAGUAAUAAGUAACCGCGUGACUUGGCACGUGGGUUACUAGCGCGGGAAUAAUCGCAAAGAUGGCGACACAACCAGAUCAGCUAUCGAGGUCAAUCGCUUCUAGGGUCUCUAGAGCCGUAGAAAGGGCGGUUGACCAAGCUUUGGCAUCCCUCCGAACAUAUAUAUGCUACUGCGAUUUGUCGCCAAACCAGAGUCUCAAUGUUACGCCUGUACAAUGAUUUUUGUUCGCCAAGGACGCUUGGAUCGAUGUCACUAACUAAUAAUUUCUCCUCCCGGUGUUGAGGUGUAAAUAGCCCUUUGUUUGUCUCGAUCUCUUGUUCCCUGACGAACUGUCUUGUCGCCUCACUUUGUGAAAUAGAAACAAUCAUUAGCUGUAUGUUAUUUUAGUAUGGCUACUAAAAGGACAUAACAAAGGAAGCAAACACAUCUAAAACUAAGCCGCGCGUGUCACGCAAUGCGCCAGACAAGCGAAAGGUCCAAAAGUCCUCUUUCCCUCGUAAAUAUAGUCAUAGCUUUCCGAUUAACACGCAAUCCCCUUAACUAAUGAUGCAGUGCAACAUGUAAGAAAUAGAUGAGGCGCUUGGAAGACAUCAAUAAUGAUUUUUUUGUUAAUCAAAAAGGGGGAGGGAGGGGUAUGUGCCGCCCGGGACUCCAAAUAGGUACCCCGUUCUAAAAAAAAUAUCCCCUAAAAUUGAUACCCCGUUCUAGAUAUGGGCCAAUUUUUUUAUAUCCCGUUCUAGAAUUCGCCUUAAAACUGAUACCCCGUUCUAGAAAUGGGCCGAUUUUUUAUACUCCGUUCUAGAAAGUUCGUAAAUUGAAAUAGCCCUGUUUUUUUAAAAGAUAUUUCUUUAUUUGUUCGACUUAUACAUCAAAUAGAUGCUUCUUCAUAAUCAGCAACAAUUUUAAGCAGAAGAUAAAGCCAUGAUCCACAAUUUUUUUAUACCCCGUUCUAGAAAACGCCUCUGAAAUGGAUACCCCGUUCUAAAUCAGGAGUUUCAAAAUCACGACCCCGUUGGGCGGCACAUAUACCCGUACAGGUAAUGUAUGGGAGUACCCCCCCGGAUACAUCAAUGUUACAUACCUCUUGUGUCGCAGCAGCAAAACCUGAAUUGCCAGGAAGGCUCGGAAGGGAUGCCAAAGCUUGGUCAACCGCCCUUUCUACGGCUCUAGAGACCCUAGAAGCGAUUGACCUCGAUAGCUGAUCUGGUUGUGUCGCCAUCUUUGCGAUUAUUCCCGCGCUAGUAACCCACGUGCCAAGUCACGCGGUUACUUAUUACUUAUUAAAUUAAAUCAUGGUUUUACUGAUAUCAAAUAAUGAUUUUUAUUAUAUGAAAUCAUAUACUUAUGAUUUGAAAUCAGGAUUUAUUAUAUCAAAUCAUAAACUUAUGAUUUAAAAUCAGAACUUAUUAUAUGAAAUCAUAAACUUAUGAUUUGAAAUCAGGAUUUAUUAUAUCAAAUCAUAAACGAAUGAUUUGAAAUCAGGAUUUAUUAUAUCAAAUCAUAAACUUAUGAUUUGAAAUCAAUAUUUAUUAUAUCAAAUCAUAAAGGCAUGAUUUGAAAUCAGAAUUUAUUAUAUCAAAUCAUAAACGCAUGAUUUUAAAUAAUAAUUUAUUAUAUCAAAUCAUAAACGCAUGAUUUGAAAUCAACAUUUAUUAUAUCAAAUCAUUGACGUAUGAUAUCAUAUCAGAAAACUUUAUUUAAUAAAUAACGAAAAAAAUGACAAAAUUAAGCUAAAUCAUUUUUUUUACAAACGGCGCCCCAUAUAAGCGUAAUCGGAUUACUAGAAAAUUGGUAGGCGUUAUGCAAAAACAUAGGCUCUUAGAGCAGGCGCUCCCUUCCCUUUUCCCUUUUUCCCUCCCCCCUCCCCCUCCCCCUCCCCUUUUUGCGCCUGCCACGCAGGCUAGAAAAAUCCGUUUGCAUCGCUCUUGGCCGGGUUCAAUACGACACUAAAACUUCUCAGGAUUAUAGAUCAAUGAUAUAUUGUGCCUGUUAAGUUUCGAUUUGGGCAAAAUCUGGAUUUUUUGGCGUUACUUUUGUUGCCGUUGGCCGGAGGACCAAAAGAUUGGAAGCACUUUAAUGCCUAUUGAAGGCUUAUUUCUUCUGCUAGCUUCCAUACAAGCUCAGAUAAUUGUGAAAGGAAUACGCAGAAAUGAAACAGCAACAAUAAAGACUGUAAGAAAGAAACCGUUGAGACAUUGAUGUGACUGAGGAGAUCUUGUGGAGGGGAGCUUCGUGAAGCAGAAUGUUUUGCAACGACGCGUUACUAAACUUUUAAAUGAAUCUCCCUACGGCCGACAAAAUCAAACAAACAGGCGCUACAUGUUUUGAAAAACUAUUGACAUGAAAUCAUAAUAUCAUUUUUGAUUAACCUUUGUGAUGAUUCGUAGAGUUGAGAUUGCAUUUUUAUUUAUGUCUUUCAAACGUUUGAGGCUAGAACGCGAGCAAAUCAGACAGAUAUUAUUGGACUUGCAGCGAUUGACCUCCGACACGAGUUUCAAAUUAGAAAAUAUGUUUUUAAAGCGAGCGGAACGAGAUUUUCGGGUCGCGAGGUGGCCCAGCUAGCGAUAAAAUCGCGAUGAGUCUUCGAACCGCGAGCCAAAUUUUUAUACAAGACGAAAGACUUCUUCGAAAGUCUAAAAUAUUACUUGAGAAUGUAAACAACAAAUCUCUGUCGGCAGUGCGGUCCGGAAGGAAAUCUUGUAGAGUCAAUUUGACAGUUCUAUUGUCUUUUGAAGAAAAAACAGAUGACGCUCGCGCGUGCGCAUAAUCGGGACACUGUCCCUUUAAGUCGAUUGCAAAUAUAGCACAAAUUAAUUAUACAUGUUGGCUGAUUUUCAAUGGAAUCCAGUGUGAAAACCUAGGUUUACGUUCCAGUCUUCCGUGUCUUUUUUUUUUUUUUUCACAAGAGAACCUUUUUAAACCAGGUUUAAUACAUGUUUAGUUGGUGUGAAUGGGGCAUUAGUCUUCUGAUGGCUUCAGUAACCAAGGAGUUGCUAUAGCUCACCCUUCAAUCGAUCUAUAAAAGCUCAACAAGUAACUUGGUUGAGUUUAAAUACUAACUUUCUUAAAAUUUGUCGUUUCAGAUCUGGAAUCAUUAUGAUGCUGAUAAAAAGGGAUAUUUAGAGAGACAACAACUAAGGGUUAGUUUGCAUAUUUGUUUGAUUGUUUGAAUCUGCGGAAUAUUGCAUUCUGAAAGAUUAAUAUACAUCAGUUUCAAAAAGCCUGUUAUCUUCUUCGGGUUCUACUAUCAAUCUUUGCCCAAAAAGACAAUUGAAAUCAACAGUAGUACGCAAAGAAUAAUUCUAUUUUCUUGUGGUAUCUUUCAGGGAUUCUUCAAAGACAUGUUGACGGUUAAUAAUCCAAGUAUCAGUCCACAGAGAAUUGAACAAUAUGUCAACGCUGCGGUGAGUACAGCCAAUAGCGUCUCAACUAAGUAGACAUACAGUAAAACGUGUUAAAGUUCGUCUCAUGUGGCAGUAUUACGUGCAUGAUUAAGAAGGCCUCUGUUUUUCUUGUAACCCGUAUGUGACAUUUAUGACUUUAUUGAUUGACAAUCCCCCUUCCCGUUUUAAGACUUCGCGACAACCUCGUUCCCACUUGUGUCUCUUCUUUCAGGCCCCUGGGGCCAGGCCCUGGAAACGAAGUUGCAGUUAUAGAUGAGCAACUAAUUGCAGUAAAGGAGCGGUUUUCAUUCAGUGAAUUUUUUUGUCGAGUACGCAUUUUCUAUUAUACACCUCGCUUGCCCCCAAACGUUUUGCUUAACCUUCGUUGUUAACUUCUCGUGGGUGUUACAUUCGCCCAGAGAAAAUUAGAAGACAUUGUUUAAAAUGGUUAAUUUUGGGUAGCAAACAAGGUGUGUUCAAGUAGCGAAUUGUUACAGAAUCAAAUUACUUACGUUUAAGCUAACACUGAUAUGAGUUGAGGAUUAAACUAACCAGAAUUGGUUAUCUCUUGAGCUUUAAGGAAAAUAUGAGACGAAUUGCAAAUUACUUUACGCAGGGUUUUUGUCUUCAGUAAACACCGACCUUCAGUUUAUAAUGAAACACUUUCUCUUUGUUCUUAGAUCGAAACGUUGGACAAAAAUGGUGAUGGGGAAAUAGAGUUAUCUGAAAUGGCUAAGUACGUCAAUCUUUCUUUUAUCUUCAGUCUUUCAUGGUACUAAGUUCGGAACUACUUUCUGAACCUUUCUAUUUGCCAGGAAUUACUUUUGGGUGACAAGAUGAUUUCAAAAGUCAACAGGAGUUUUCCCUAACAAAAUACACUCUCAUUGACUACUCCAAGAUCACGUGACAUGUUACAAUUAAGUGAUUCAAACCCUGAGAGGGGAAUAUUAGGGAGCUUAAGCAACAGCGUUCUUGAGCGACGGACUUCAACCGGAAGUGGACUUUUUGCAUCAUCGGGCAGCGGAUUGGUUCAGAAUCUCGGGUAAAUCGUAAGAGAAAAGAAACUUAGUAAUACAAAUUUGUUGGCGUCAAGGCAUAUAAAAAAGGAGAAGGCCUCACUUCCGCUUGACUUGCGUCGCCGAAAAACGUCUUUCUUAGGCUUCUUAUUGCAAAAUCUGUGACCUCAGCGGAUGGUGAAAUAAAUGGGUAAAGGCCGGGUUGUAUCACGCUAUCUUCUUGUUGGUUUCUUACAGACUGUUACCUGUAGAAGAAAAUUUCCUCUCAAAAUUUGAGGUGAGCUAAAUUAAUUGAACCCAGAGCUUUUUCGAUGUAUUAAUUUUAGUGCACCAAGACCCUUGUACUGACAUAUUUUGUUUCGCUUUUGUUGUUGUUGUUGUUUUUUGUCUGUUUGCUUUUGUUUGUUUGUUUUCUUUUAAUUAGAUCCGAAGAAAAAUGACAAGAAGAGAUUUUGAGAAAAUUUGGUACCACUACGACCAGGUGAGAAAAGGGCAAGGUCUCGUGUUACGGACGCAAAUAGAGAUGUAUGUAGAAUAAACGAGAAACUCAAAUUAUAUUAAAAGUAGUAUAAAACAUUUUAAGUUUCGCGUAUAGUUUCCUGUAUGGCAGGUGCAUAUACGUUUCUGAUAACGGGCGAAUAUUCAAAAGAAACUGAGUGCUUUGAAUUUAACAAAAUGGCUGUUUCUCAACAAACAAUAACGGGCACAACAGGGAAAAGCAUAGUUUAUGUCCAAAUAGCGAUCAUAAUUCAAACCGUUCAAAACGUUCAAACAACAUUUUUGUAAAUAAAUAUUAACAUACCAGAUACAAAGCGAAGCACAGAUGGAAAAACUUGAAGAACACUUGAAACGGUACGAAAUCAUGGUUUUUGAAAACUUGUUAGCCUAACAGUUGUGCAAAGCUCAUUUAAAUUUGUUCUUGUACCAUGUGAUAUCAUGCUUGUGAAUGAUAUUCAUUUAACUCAAAGCUCUGGUGUUGUCCCUGGCAACUAAGUUCUCAUAGUGUGAAUAAAUAGAGGAUAUGACAUCGCUGUGGAUAUACGAAAUUUCUCAUCUCUUUCUCUUCUUUCGAAUGUUCUCGUGAAAUAUUUUUCAACACUCGAAGAUAAAUUUGGUAUCUCUAAACGGCCAUGCAUAUGCAAUGUUCUAUUAUUAUAUAAACACCAAUAAAAAGCCAAACCAUUUCAUUGCGAUUAAUUAUGUAAGGCAUAGCAACGGUGAUCUUUUACAUGUGAUGAUACCAUGUCAUUCUCAAGUCUGGGUAUGUCAUGUUUUGGCGCGAAAGCUCACCUCUGGUAUUUCAAUGCUGUAUAAAAGACGGGCAUUUUGCAAUGUUAACAAAAUAAGCUUGACAGCCGUGACUCAGUCCCGUUUAACACGUGAAUCAGCAUGUUAAAAUCAGCAGUGCCAAAUAGUUACAAGUAAACAAAUGAAAACAAUGCAGUAAUGGUCUAAAACACUCAAAUUUACGUCACACGGCAGUUCAAAAUUAUCAUCAUCUGCAAAGAGAGCGUAAUAAACUUGGGGGCGAUGAUGCAGUCAUCCCGAGCCAUGUAUACAAAACCACCCGGGGUGAAAUGUUGUGCUGGGAGAACAGCCCACCACAAAGUUCUAUCCAGAUCAGCUGAACAGACAUAAUUGUAUUGCCUAAAAUCACACCCAUGUUUUCUAAACCUUCCAUUACGAAAUGGCGGAACCAUUUGAUUUUGCCACCUGGAAUUUCCGGUUUUUCCAUGUAAUUGGUAAGUACCCCUCCUCCCCCGACCUUUCUUCAUCAGUGCUCGGCGGAAUGACUGUAGUGCUGCCAUCUCUAGGUAUCAGGUUUUAGGGAGGCAUCCAUUUAGAGACAGCAGUUCACUGAGUUCAUCGUGACUAUCUGACUGUUUUUUUUGGUCUACAAUAAACCUAUUCCAGGCUGUGGGUAACUGCAACUAGAAAAUCAUUGUAUGUCUCAUGUUUAUCUCUGUCUUGUCUGCACAGGAUCACAAUGGAACUAUUGCCGGUGCGGAGCUCGAUGCUCUGAUACGAGACUUGUACAUCAAGAAUAACAGUGUAUGUAUCCAAAUACUACCACCUUGUGAACAUUGGUUUUUUUAAGAAGAUUCCCCUAAAAUUGGCAUUUGAUAGGUUUGUGACGAUUCAUUUUAUAACCAGUUUUCUAUUACAAAUUUUAUAAAUUGUGAUUUUUAAAGUCAUAGCUUGAAGUGAAUAAUGUUUAAGCUGCAUGCCGCAUUAUUAGUUGAAAAUAAGCCCCCCCCACAGAAAAAGCCCAGUUUGAAAACAAGUCGAAAAACCUAGAGUGGGGGAGGCGGGGAGUGGAAUGCGGGGGGGAGGGGAAAUCUUGUUAAAGUGCUACAGCCAUAAGGUUAUAACUGGGAUUUGACGAUUUCGAUUUCUUUUACUAUGCAGGAGCCACCGGAUAUGAAAACGAUCAAUGAGCAGCGUGAAAUGAUCAUGAGAUUUGCCGACCGUGACAAAGACGACAGGAUAAGAAAGGAAGAGCUGGGACUGUUCUUCUCUGAGUCACGGCGAGUACAAGAGACCAAGAUGGAUGCGAAGGGUAGAGAGGCUUCGAAAGAUAGCUAGGCUUUAGGUCGUGCAAUCCCUUAUAAAGCAAGCGCAAUAAUCGUGAACUGUGAUGCCGGAGAAGUAGCCAGUAGGUAGAUGUAACAUAUGGCAAAACUUUGGUAAGCUUUGAACAACCCUUGGAGUGGUGUUCUGUCUUUGCUGAGUUUGUUGUCUGUCCGCAUGUUUAGCAGGCCAAUCAGAAUAAUUUUAUCAAGCAAUAAGGGCAGUAAUAAGAUGGCUUAAGGCCAACUAUGGGACCUUAACCUCUGUUCAACGCUGUGGUGGCCAUUAAAUAGUAAUAUAUGCGAAUGCAUGCAUCCGCGCAACCCUUACGAUGACCUGGACAUACCAGGGAGCAAGCAAGGCUGUUGUCUUAGAAAUAAACGGAGGACGGGAUGUUACAAGCCCACCUGUAGAAUGGAAGAUGCUUCGACGAAAUAACUCUCACCUUUGGUCUUUCAGCGUAUUAGGCACUAAUUAGGCUUAGUCUUGGUAAGCAAAAUAACAAUUAUACGGUUAGCUUACAUUGAAUAAUUAUAUAAUACACAAUGAAUAUAGAAGAGGUUUCAUUAGGGACGGACCAUUAGAAAAGUUAUGGUGGGGGUGGGGAAUUUUCGGGCCGUAGGAAUUUGUUUUCGUUAUCCAAUUCCAUGUAUGAAUUUUUUUUUUAGGACAUGGUAUGAAUAUUUUUUUAGGGUUAAUUGGCGUACAUGAUUUUUUUUUCAUUUAAUUUUCCCUUGCGCAAAUAUUUUUUUUGUACUUCGCCUCCCCCCCCCCCCGCCCCAUAAGUUUUCUAAUGGUCCGUCCUUUAAUGGUCUCGAUAGCCUUGUAACACCUGCCACAGGUGAAGUCGACAAAUAAAUUCUACGCACAUUUCGCAAAGGUGGUAAAAUACUGUGAUUUUCUUUCUUAUCGAUUCAGUUAGGUCAGUGGGGACAGUGAAUACUGUAUCAGUUGCAGUGAUUAAAGGUUCAAAGACGUCUAUUAAUAGUGGAUUUCAUAAACGUAGCUCCACUUUUUGUCUGAGUUAAUGUGGAAAUAUAUAAGGAACUGGUUACCAUUAACGACCUCUUUGGCUGAAAGGCCCCUGGAAACACUUCAUUUUACUUGUUACUGGAAAUAAAUGGUUACUAUGGCAACACAUUGUCGUAGCAAACACCAAAAACGUUCCAUACUCUUAGAAACAUGUUUAGCUAGUUACAAGACAUGUUUUGUGUCUAAAGAUAGAUCAGUAAGCUUCAUAGUUCAAAAGACCAAAGACAUGAACAUGACAGUUGCUGGUCAUUUACGAGAGUAGGGCCACGGGGAAGUCUCUUGUGGAAACAAGUUUUAAGCAUCUACUUAUGUAAAGAGGAGACAUUAUAGUGAAUUGUGUAGCACAUUUGCAGACCUGCCAACCCCUGAUAAAGGAAAAUCUGGAGACCCAUGAAAAAAAAUCUGGAGAUUCUAUAAAAAAUAGUGAGAUUCUAUUUUUUUCCCGAUCAAGAUUAAACAAACCCCUUUUCCAUCGCCAUGUUUAUACGAUUGCGAUCGCUUUCCCGCGCUGAACUUACAAAGACUACUGGGAAACUCAACAUGGGAGACGCCUGGGAAUUAGACCUCGUUCCCAGGGCCUACUCCCCUUUCAAAAUGGCGGACAGACACGAAGGAAAACGAUUAAGUUUAUUGAACACAAGCGAAAAUCACAGCUGGGUACAAAAAAGUAAGAACAGUGUUCUUCUUUAUUAGUUUUUCACUUUAUGGCACAAGCAUUCCUCGUUAAUUUCCCAUUUUUAUUCUGAUUCAACAACUUAAAUCAUUUCAGAAUGAUUUUUCCCAAAACCCGUGAGAUUGAGGAGCCUUGUCGUGAGACCGUGAAAAGUGACAAAAAAUCGUGAGACUCACGGCAGAACCGUGAGAGUUGGCAGGUCUGCAUUUGGUAUAUAUAGACAUCCUGAAGAGUUGUGGUCGUAAACGAGAGGCACUAACCGAAUAGGGCUUUGUUUCGGAAUCUUUUGAGUUUCGGAUAGUUUUUGGGCUGUGGGAGGUAGUUGCAUGGCUAACCUGCAAAUACAGUCGUCUCUGUCGUUUCUCUUCGCUCCUCGCCACCUGGGGCGUUUCGCGACUGUAUUCGCAGGCUAGGUGCGUACGAGAGGUGGUCGCACAUGAAUUGGAGGCUAGAUCCAAUCUUUUUCCCAGAGGCUGCGUUACAGUUGUCGGACAGACAACAAGGGCAAAUUAAACAAGGCCUUGGGAAAGAAAUCAUGGUUGAUCGACUAUGAAUCAGCCCUUGUCAAUUGUUGCUCAAAGGGGCAUAAGGCCUGGGUCAAAGGUGUGUUCGGAGCAUAUGAGCAUAUUCUAAUUUAUGGAAAUAUCUCUCGCUAGGAGACCUAGAACAUAAAUUUUCCCCAGAAGUAAAUCUUGAAGUCUUCCUGCACCUAUGCGCCCUUGAAAAUGAAGGAAAUUGACGAAUUGGUGGCGAAUUUACUUUGUUUGGAUAAAUAGAUUAGCUUUUGUCUUAGAAGAUGAACAUACCUUACUUUUUACUUGUGGAAUGAAUGUAAGCGAAGUUAAAAAUUUUAAAAUCAAAAAUUUUAAAAAAGUUUUAAAUAAUUCAAGGUUUUGAUUAUGGACGGUCAUUCCAAUUGUGAAUAGUUAGAGAUAUUUAAUAUGAAUGAGAAAUAUUUUAUCGCUCGAUUUCUCUUCUUAAACCUGCCACCAAUUUGACAGUUAUUUAAGAUUUUUAGCAAAAUGGUCGCGUGACAUAUCACGAGAUUUAUUAACACAAUCAGGAGCUCGCGCGUGCACUCCUCUCUGACUAAACCGAAGAAAAAGAGAGACUAGUAGACGUAAACUGAAAAAGAAAAGGGGUGGUAACCCUCACUCGUCCUUGAAGGAAGAACUCUCCCACAGAAAGAGAAGGCACUACUACAAACCGCACAUUGAUUUUCAGAAUGUUGAGCGAGCCAUCCACUAAGAUACAUGAUAUUAUAGCUGUCGUGCAUAAACUUCAUUUCACUUGUUUCUGCAAUAUUGGUCAAUAAACGGUAUCAUUUGUUACGAAAUAAGCAAGACGCUGACAGACGAUACAUCCUUAGGAGUAUACCAAAUGGACUUGAGGCGCUUGGCGUUAUAAAUUACUGUAAAUUAUGAGUCACCGUGGAAUCCACUUGCAGACAAAUUUACGUCGAUAAAAUAGAUGCGUUUUCAUUUUAUUUCAGGCAUUUUCACUUCAUCGCUGACUGAAAACAGUCAAAUAAAAAUAAAAUAUUAAAUGAAAAACAACAACAACAACAAACGUGAGGGAAGUCACAGCGGACACACAGAGACACCUCGUGACAGAAAUUAAAGGAAGAGCGAUCGCGUUUCGCUGAAGCUGUAAUGACAAAUGCUUAGGAUGUCGCAAUUUGACUUAGCAAUUUCCGCUAUAUUUAAUACCAGCAAGAGAAAGAUUCACAGACAAAAGCUUUUGACAAUAAUUUUCUCACACCUUGAAAUCAGCCAAUAAAAUCGCCGAACACAAAUCAUUUGUUCAUUUCUAGGCCUCACGUACAUGGGUACUAUUGCUCGUGCGGUCAGCUGGUCUGAUGUGGUGGUGUAUGUUUACAGUGACCCACAAAGACCUGUCUGUGUCAAACAUAGUGGGAGCGGUGCGUAGUCGACGACAUGGCCUCUUCUCGCGGGAUGAAGCCUUUCGUGACCAAAUUUCACGGCAAAGCUCAGUUAACAUCGACUGAAUUUAUGGCCGUUUUCAGGAAAUACGACAAAGAUGGUAAGUUUUUUGUUUGGCUGAAAAUCUUGCAUAAAUUAAGCGUUAUUCCAGCAGCUGCAAGCGACUAAAUGGAGUUCGAUUCGCAAAUCCUCUCAUGCAGGGCCAAGAGACUUUCUCAUUUCUGCAUGGAUUCAUUUCCUUCUUGAUGUAAAACAAUUUCUCGUUGAAUUUAACGCGAGAUCAAAACGACGAACAGAAGUAACAAAUCCAUUUAAUGCCCCGUAGGCUCUCUGCGUCAAGACGAGCGAAACGCGUUCAUGAAUCUGUCAAAAUGAGAAAUAUUAAACCUAUUUUUUACUAGGAAAAAUAUUACUUUAUUUAAAUGCCAGAAAAAAAAUGCUCUAAAUCCAUAAAAAAUAAAAUAGAAUAGAAUAAUUCGGAAUCGGAAGACAUUUGGAUGAUAUUAUAAACAACGACCUCCUUAGCCUCAAAAUUUUGCUUUAUUUAUGAUUGAAUACGAUGAAUGCUAAGUAAAUCGCUGUUUCAAAAUUUGCAUGACACCUGGUACCGGUAUAAUUUGCGGAUUUUUCUCUUGAUUUUUAAUGCUUUCUUCCUUACAAUUGAAAAAAAGAAAAAAAAAAGACUUGAUUUCUCAGUUGAUUUUUUUCCACUGCUGCUAAAUAGACUCUUAAGUAUCUUAGUCAUGAAAAAAUCCUUACCGCAGGUUUGAUUUCUGUAAAUCAUCGGCUCAUAUUUUGACGCUCGCGGUUAACUUAACAAGGAGCUAAGAUCAAAAUGAGGCUCACAAUUAUAUUUACUCUUUCAAAGGUAAUGGUUACAUAGAAGCGCGGGAACUUGAUCCUUUUUUGCAAGAACUGUUUGAGGCCAGAUACCACGUGAGUAUUACGAAAUCAACAGAUUUUUGUAAGUUUUUAAAUUUUGUAUUAUUUCAUGUGAUCUCAUUAACAAUUGAAGACCUCCCCUAUCACUCAUGUCUUAGAUUAGGUUCGAGUCAUUGGCUCAUACAACAGAAAUUUGGGAUUAUUACUCUUGAGGGGUCACAGUCACACACCACAGACAUGAUACAUGUAUUUGGAAUAAUAUCACGGGGUGUGUAUAAAAAUGACAUGAUUAAGAAACUUAUACUGAGCACGUAGCACAAAUAUUUUGAAAAGUGGAUCGACUGAGUUCCUACGAAGUUUAUAAGAUGAGCGUAAUAAUAAACAGCUCAGUAGGGUAUAACUCUACUAUAAAGUUGUAUCUCGUCCAAUCUAAGUUGAUCAAGAAGUUAGUUACAAACUCGAUUGAGAUCCUGUCAUGCAUCAUUUCACUCCUUAGAAUUGUUACUUUAUUUUGAUUUCAGGCACCGAGGAAGUCGAUCAAUCGAUUCUUAUAAUAGCAAUCUCUUUCCUUAAUAUCUUUUUAGGACCUAAGGCGUCAAGUAAAUGUUAAUAUCUCUUAGUUAUUUAAUCCUUCAAUUUACUUUAAUUACAAAUUAUAAAUUUUAUAAAAGUAGUAACUGGGAACGGUCGGUACACAGUUUAAAUAUGAUAAAGCCAUUUUUGUUAAGUAGAAUGCAAGCAGUCACUCUUUUUCUUUAGAUUUAAAGCUGCAUAAGGGGAGUGCAUGCGCGCGAGAGUUUCAAGCGGCGAAGCCCCUAGGCGGCGAGAAACAAGGGCGGUAGCGCGUUUCGCUCGACGUACUAAGAUAAAAGAGAGACUGCUCGAAGUCUAUUUUUGUUAUCCUCUGAUCCUGAACCAAAUACGUUAGUACGUUUUUCGAGGCAGUCCUAUUAAUGUGACGUAAUUAUGUGGGUGAAGUUCCCUCAACAGUGAAACAGAUAUGAGAUAAAUUCGUACGAUACUUUCCUGAUCGUGAUUGGUCUUCACUGUCGACAGGGUUUAGCACACGACAAGGUUAGGGAGAUGAGAGAACUUAUCCUGGAAAGAUACGAUAAGAACUUUGACGGCCGCCUUGAAAUUAAUGAGGUAUGUGUGAAGACAGCUUUUGACAAUGCUAACCAACAACUCGCAUCUAUCAUCUGCAGACAAUUCAGUGGAAAGAUCAUUCUGAGAUGCACAGAAUAAAACCAACACGUUGUUUUGUAUCUGUAAAUUGGUCGUCAAAUGUAGUUGUUUUUAAAAGCUGAACACGUUUUGAAGGAAUACGAUUAUCUUUUUUCACGUUUGUAGUUGGCGCAGAUCCUACCAACGGAGGAAAACUUCCUUCUUCAGUUCCAAAAAGAAGCCAGAAUCACUAGCGUAGAAUUCAUGAAGGUAAGGUGCUCAUUGAUAUCGUAAGUCAUCAUGAUGUUCCUAGUCUAGUCCUUGAAGGUUAGAGUAGAGCCAUUAUUUUACCUUAUUACAGGUGUACAUCGGUAGCUAGGAAAAAGUCAUCUGGCUGGGGGGUGGGAUUUUGGACUUCGCAUUUCAUAAAAUAUUUUUGCCGGGAUUUCGGUUCGAGAACAAAAUUUUGACGGAGGAUUUGGGUGAUAAAUCAUAACGGAUCGGCGGAUUUUCACUCCCCUAUUCACCCGCUCCCCUCUUCAACGGUUUUUCGCUCCAUCCAAGGAUUAGAAGCAACGAUCAGCACAGUUGGUUAGCGCGGCGCCCUCUGUGCUAGAGGUCCCGAGUUCGAUUCCCAGAUGUGACCUUAAAUUUUUCUGUCGACUAAUCUUUUCUUUCCGUUUAGCUUUAAGUAGAUUUAAAUAACCGUAAAACGGAGCACAGUUGGAGAAGCUGGAAUAAAUUGACCACACUGUCAGUCUGAGUCAGGUUUGUUAUGAAUCCGUAAUCCACUGCAAUUGAAGGAUCUCCAGAUCCGUUAAAAGCUUGCUCUGAAUCCGAAAUUUGAGUAAAAAUACUUUCAAAACCCGCCGGUCCGUUGGCCUAUUCACCCCCCUCUUUGAACGCGCGAGAUUGAAAGGGGCGACAGAGGGGCCGGGGAGGGGGCGGAGGGUUGCCACAGGCCAGAAGACAACCAUCUCCUCGUAGACUUCCUUAUCGCUCCUUAGAAACUGAAGAAGUUGUAUUACUUGGAUACAAAUGCCAGCAGAUGAAGGUCAACUCGCUUUGACCUAAACCAAGAGAUCGGCUCCAGCCUAAACACGUUAAAAUACUAACCGUUAUGUCAUUUCAGAUCUGGAAUCACUACGAUGUUUAUAGAGAGGGAUAUUUGGAGAAAAAACAACUGAGGGUCAGUUUGAACAUUUACUGCCAGUAAUUGGAUCUUGAGCAUUUUUUUCAAGAAGCUUGAUUUUUUUUCCUUUGGCUCUCAUAUAAUUAGACUCACUAAAAAGGCAAUUACAAUCAACAGUUAUGAGCAAACAGUUAUUAUUUUAUCUAUACAUUACUUUUUUCUUUGCCGUUUCUUUCAGGGUUUCUUUAAAGAUAUGUUGACAGUUAAUAAUCCAAACAUCAGUCCACAGAGAAUUGAAGAUUACGUCAAUGGCGCUGUAAGUUUCAAGAUCUAAUAGUGUCUCGAUGAAGUAGAUUAAGGUUUUAUUUGUGUAUGUUCACACUACUUUACUAUGUAUUCUUGCCGUGAUGAAAACCUAUCCGGUAAAGUAGAACGCCUAUCCGAUAUCUGACUCUUGGACGUGCGGCGCAGCUUCGUUCCGUUACAGAAAUCGCGCCGAAAUCAUCGUUUUUUAUAUGUGAUAUGUGGUUUUAUGUGUCCAGUAUGGUUUUCGUACCAGGCGCAAAAGGUGUCCUUUAUAGUGUGAAAAUAGCCUUAGACGCUGGAGACUUCUCUGUAAAGUGGAAGUUCUUGUCAGAUGUCUGAAACCACGAAGGGAGAUCAAUAUGGGCGUGGAUUUAGGGUUUGUUUGACCGGUAGAAAACCUUGCUAAACCAGGCAACCAAUUUGCGCAACCAUGAGAUCUGAGUGUACUCUUAAUGUAAAUUGAAUAAAGUUGAUCAAGUUGAGCAAGUUCUUCUUAGGACGCUGUGACAGCGAUUAAUUUUCUUGCUAUGUCUUCCUACCCUAACCGGUAAUGAUUUUUAUGGGCAAAAACAUUAUUAGCUUUCCGUCCUGAAAACCCUCAAUGGUACCAAAAUUUGCAAUUUACAUCCCUAAAUGAGUCGACAAGCAUCGCCAUCUCUGUCACUGAAAAGUCCUCCCGUGGGGCGGGAUGGGUGGGGGCACCCAGACAACUGCUUUACGUAACUUGCCAAUUAUUUCAAACUGAUAUGUCUCGCAUCCCAUCAUAUGACCCCCUGGUAAACAACUAGAGAUGUCUAGGAAAGCUAUAUCCUCUUGCGUGUUCGGAUGUAAAUGAAAUGAUCUUAAAGCCAUACUGUAAUUCCAGUGAGAAUUUUAAUUCUAAGUAGGGAUAAGUAGGGCGCAAGGAGAAAUAUCGAGGACACGCGUACGCCCACGAGAUGAGACGGGGAGAGGGGAGCUCCUCUUCCCUUUAACUCUUCUCUUCGCGUGUUCCACUCGCGCAUGCGCUGUAUUAAAAAACUUGGCUUAAAAGCUUAUCGGCGUCUGCUAUGCAGGCUUGUAACGGAUGCACUUUGGAGGCUGUCGCUUACCACUCUCAAUACCUGACAUCGAUUGAUAUGUCUGCAAAUCUCGCUGAGACCUCAAUAAAAGGAAAGGAAUCACUUGCUAAGAACUCAAAGCUAAGUGAUAUUACCUCACGUUUUAAAAUGGCCUCAGGCCUUGUAAACUUCUGGGUCUCCCGCAACAAGACGCUGUAAGUCUUGUCAUUCAGAAGGUCAAGUAAUGAUUAACGUCAUUAUCGCGGGAACAAGUGCAUCUACACACUGAAGUAUGAUAAUAUAGAGAUUUAGCCAAAUCUAAAAGCGAAGCUCAGGUGAGAUCUUUUGAAAUUUUUUUUGUGAGGUUAUUCAAAUUUAGUCAUAAGCAAGAAGCAAACUGAACUCCUCCUGCAAAUUGGCCUGAGCCUGCGACCCUGAUUUUGGCUUUCACUGGCUCUAUAUGUAAAAGGAAUAUAAACUGGAUAUAAUGAGGGCCAAUUAGUUGAAAAUCCACUGACAAAUGAAAUGUAAUUUUCCUUGUUUGUAGAUCGAAUCGUUUGACAAGAAUGAUGAUGGGGAAAUAGAGCUAUCUGAAAUGGCUAAGUAUGUUCAGUCAGUCUUAUAUUGGUCAUUGGAGAAGUUUGUACAUUGUCAAAACUAAAAAACAAAGAAACCAGCCCAACACGGAACUCCCUGUUAACGGAAGGUUUUUUUUUCGGCAGACAUAUCAAUAAAACGGCAGAAUUCAUGGUCCCGCCAUGUCAAGCGCUCUCUUGUCAUUCCUUUCAAUUUUUUACUCCCUACGAGACAGACACUUCCUUAAGACGCUGCUUCUCUCCAGGCAGAGUUAUCAGUAUAACACGCCUAAAUCAUUCGUUUAAACAUUUUUCAUUUGUAAUUCUCCUUUUUCAUUUUCUCAUGAUCUCGUUAUUGUUAUUGGAUGUAGGUCUCAGCUGUUUUGUUUGUUUAGUUCAAGUAAUUACUGAUCGUGCAAGGGCGGUUGAAGGGAAGUUCUUCUUGUCUUUCCAUCUCUCCCCCCCCCCCGUCUCCAUUCAUUAUUGCCCCAGACACCUCAGAUUUGCCUCCUACAGAAACUCUUUACUCCUGAAGAUUCAAUCUCCCCCCCCCCCUUCCCCACUCCCCUUUCCGCAAAAUCAAAAGUAUAGAUUGCCCCUGUUGCGUUUGGUUUCAUUGGGUGUAUUGUGAAUGAUUUAUGAGGUUUGUAUUAAAGAUUCAUACACACUGAGAUAAUUAAAGAUCGACAACGUAUGGGCUUAUUUUCUUCUAAGCUACAUUUUCUUUACUCUCAUCUAUAGACUAUUGCCUGUUGAAGAAAAUUUCCUCUCAAAAUUCCAGGUAAGAUGAUAAGCUGCCUUUCUAAAAUACACCAUUGCCCGCUACCAAGUUUCCUGUACUGACAUUUUUUAAAAAUGUUCUUUGCCUAGAUCCGAAAAAAUUUGACAAGACAAGAAUUUGAGAAAAUUUGGUACCACUACGACCAGGUAAGUAAUUAGUACCUUUUCGUGGCCUUGAAGAUAAUGAAGUGUAGUUUGUUAUACACAAACGAUAGUCGGGUUGAUCACACGUAUUAGCGCUGAAUACUAACUAUGGAAACAAGAAUCAGCACCCGGGUGAACUUGGUCAUCAUUACUACGCUGUCGAAAUUUUUCAAGACAUCUGAAUAAAUGACACACCGAAUCACACGCAUCAGCCCUAUGUUGUUGCUGCCUCGCUUGGCUGACUCUUUGGCUAUUAUUUUUUUCUAUCUUUUAGGAACCAUUACAUAACAUUACAUCACAUAAAUCAGUUUUAAUUUCUUCCCUUUUACCUAUACAGGAUCACAAUGGAAUAAUUGGGGGUGCGGAGCUUGAUGCUCUGAUACGAGACUUGUACAUCAAGAAUAACAGUGUAUGUAUCCAAAUACCCCCACCAUGUAUUAAUAGUGCUGGGGAAGCCGUUUUCUUGGUUUUCUGGUUCUCGGUUAUUUCCAUAAGAUAAAAAAAAAAUGGACAUUGAUACUUGUGGUUAAAUUUUUCCCUGAAAUCAAAUACUACAAAUUAGGUUAAUGCCGGUGUUUGAGGUUGAUGGAUAUAAACUGUAUAAAAUUUACGGCUAACCUAAAAACGAACAAAUAAACAAAAACAAAAACAAACUAACUAGUAUUAAACAACAACAACAACAACAAGUUCUGAGGCAACUUAAUGGUAAAGAAAAAUUGGCGAAACACGGCAAGGUUUGCCUAGUUGCUGUAAAGUAGACUGAUGCGACCGCAGACGUAUUUCCGGUCGUCGCUUCUCUCCCUCCGGAAAAGAGGGAUAGCAGCGACGACCCGAAAUACGUCUGCGGUAUCAGCCUACUGUAAAGUGUCUCUCGGACAAUGCAUUUCAGUUUAGUGCUUACUCAGCCCACGUUACUCGAAAAGCAUUCCCUGUUGAUUUUACAAGGAAACCCUACCUUACAAUCACCCCGUUUACAUGAUUUCCCCGAUAUUACAACCAUUUUUUUUUAUGGUCAUUGUUUGGUAGCAUCAAGGGGUUGUCUUUUUAUUUGUUAGGAGCCACCAGACAUGAAAACCAUCAGUGACCAGCGCGACAUGAUCAUGAAAUUUGCUGACCGCGAUGGAGAUGACGGGAUACAGAAGGAAGAACUGGGAUUGUUCUUCUCUGUGGCGCAGUCAAGGAGAGUGCAAGAGAUCAAGGUGGACGCAGAAAGUAGAGAAGCUGAGAGACGGGCAGAGAAAGAAGCUGAGAAAAAAGAAGAUCAAAAGAAAGCAGAUGACGGCAGCUCUACAAGUGGAAACGCGGGCUGUUGUUGGCUAUUCUAAUAAUGUCAAAAAAUAGGACUAUAAUUUUUUCCAUCAUCCUUAGCACCCAGAUUUCUCGUUUUCCUGUCCAGCAGAUGGUCGCUAUGGAGAUCAGCCCGUAAUUAAAGCACUUCUUAUGACUGAGCUGCUGUCCGCUGGGCAGGGGAAGUGCGGGCUCUGAGUGCCAAUUUAACAAUUGACCUAAAAAUGACGACCUCGCAUUCUGCUAGUGUAUUGACUCCUUGCAGCGCUUUUAAAUGAAUCUUGAAAAUGCAAGCAAUUCACCGAUCAGAAUGACACGUCAUUCAUAUCAGGGAAAACGCUGCCGGCGGCUUCUAUGCAUGCUAUUUAAAAUUGCCGUAAAGCUUUCCGGGCUGAAGAGACAAGCACAUACAAAUAUUAAGAAAAAGUAAUAAUAACAUAAACAAACUACUGACAAGCACUAAAUAAAUAACAUGAUUAUAUUAAAAUAAAUUAUAUGUUCUUUAUUAGAAUAUCACGGUUUAUGGUCUCGCUCCUUUAUUACGCGGUACUAAGUACA